AAUCAUUUCUCUUCACUCAGAGUCAUUCCCAGCAGAUCUCAGUUCUUCCAGUAUGAGUCUGUCUCCAUGAGCUGUGGGCAGCAAGACAGCUCUUCUAGCUGGAGACUCAAGAGGAACACUUCCUUAUACAUAAACACAACAUGUGCCUCAUCCUCAAAUGGAGGAAAUGAAUCUCAGUGCAUCAUCGAUGACCUUUAUCCAACAGACACUGGAGUCUACUGGUGUGAGUCUGGAGCAGGAGAGUGUUUUGAUGCCAUCACCAUCACUGUGGCAGCUGGUUCUGUGAUCCUGGAGAGUCCUGCCCAUCCUGUGAUGGAGGGAGAAGCAGUGACCCUGCACUGUAGACACACGAACACGUCAUCCUCCAGUUUCACUGCUAGCUUCUAUAAAAACGAUGAGCUCAUUGAGAUCAGCUCUACGGGAGCCUUGACCAUCCACAGUGUUUCUAAAUCAGAUGAAGGACUCUAUAAAUGUAAAGUCUCUGAAGCUGAACAAUCUCAAGACGCCCUGCUGACUGUCAGAGCAGAGCGUCCUCACCUGCCGCCCGAUCAUCCCUUCAGUCUGAUUCGGCUUCUUGUGGUGGGAGUCUUCCUGAUGGUGAUUUUGCUGAUGUUCUGCUUCUGGAGGAGGAACAAAGACAGAACUACAAAUCACAAUAAUCAUUAGUAUAGCUGGUUAAAUGAAAGAGGAAGCAGAUGAUCCUCUCCAGAUGGUGGCCAUAGCCUACAAGAGGGAGGUCUCCCGCCUGGAGAACUGGUGCCG